CCCAGCCAUUCCACUAACCAAAGAGACUGUUUAAAGGGAUGUCCUGUAUUUUAAGCUAAAAUAAUGUUUGUGGCUGUUGUUUUGUUUUUACAGUAACAAAGAUGAUCUAUUCACUAUUAAAAUUCAAUAAAACAGGUAGUAGAAGUUUUCAGACGGUUGUCAGGCUAUUCAGUUACAUCUGUUAGUAGUGCAGUGUGGUUGGAAAAAAAUGAUCACACUCUGUGAAACCAGGCGAGGAACACCCUGAGAAUGACUCACGCUAACUCAGAGGUUAAAUUUAGCUGGAGAUUUAAGUAAGAUUGCUCUUUAAUUAUUUAGAAUGUGUGCUAUACCAACCAUGUUUUGAUAAAUAGAUAAAGGUUGGUAUGUUUUAAAAAGAAACUUCACCCAAAACAAAAUCACUGACAAGAAUGCACCAAUCCAUUAUUGAGUAUCGGUCAAUACCGGGCCCGAAGCAGUAUAUAAGUAUCUGAUCAUACUUUACAUUUUCCAGUCUGAUUUACUGAUAUAUUUUAUGAUUAUAUGUUGUGUUUACAGACAUAUUUAUGUCAGAAUGUAUGUACAUAUCAUGAAUGUAAACAUAGUACACAACCCCAUGAGAGUCAGCUUUGUUUCUGUGAGAAUGUCAGUGCAGGAACAGUAUCAUUUAUCAGUUCAUACCUGUAUCUUAUGAAAAAGUUGGAUCGGCACAUCCUUAGUUUGUGACAUUCUUAUUAGUACUGCUCCCUUUAGUUAAUUUCCUGACCUACAUGUAAAUCCAGUGAUGUAAAUGAACCACCUCUGUUGUUGUUGUUAGGCUAUUUAUUCUCAUUGGCUUUUCUCACUGGCAAACAGAACAGCCAAACUUCAGUAGAUCAAUAACAAAACAAACAAACAAAAACAAAAAUCCUGUGCUACCUUUCAUGUGCAAAGAAAUUUCGGGAACUAAUCCAAGAAUCUAACACACAAAAGCCUAUGCAUACUUUCGGUUCUAACCGAGACUCCCACAGGUGCAUUAAAAACAUGGACUAGUCUCAUAAUUGCUUCAGUAAAUAAUCUCACACUGCAGAUUUGUACCCAAGAGCUGCUGCUGCAAUGAUAAAGACUAAUCUGUUUAUUCCAAGACUCAAAAUAACCGCAUACUUAACAUCUAUCAAUAUUGUUUGAUCACAAACUGAUCACAACUUUUAAUAGUAUAGAGUUGUGGAAGAAUAAUGAUUAACAAUCCCAUCCAUUGGGGUCAGCCCGAAGAAGACGGGUUACUUUUAAGGCCUUUCAAGGUUUCUUCCACAUGUCCUCAGAGGGAGUUUUUUUCUUGCCACUAUCGCCUCUGUCUUGCUCUUUAGGUAUCUGAAUCUAUAUCUGUAUUUCUGAAAAACUGCUUUCACCAGUGGUGUUAAAAGCUCUCUAAAUAAAAUGGACUCGAACAUGGUGUUGUUGACAGUAUUAAAGGUUGUCAAGGUUACGACUGAAUUUCCAAAUUACUUCAUACUUCAGUGCAGUAUUUGCGGAAUGAAAUGAUGUUAUCAACGACGUAGCUGGGGCACUAGGGUGUGUCUCCAAAACCAGUCUGAGACCCAGCCCUCGAGAUGACUGUGCUUAGUACGUAAAAUCUCUUACACCGGACUGUCUCCGAAAAGCUGUGUGUGUGUGAGAGAGAGAGAAAGCGGAACAAACCGGCAAUAUUAAGGCAGACACUUUGAUGCGAGGUCGUCUACAGACGAGCGGAUAACCGUGGAAGCUCCUUAAACUUUAACGAACAGGAUUAUGUUUAGAAAUUUGUUUUACUAAACCCAUUAUCGAGGAACCUUUGUACCGGAUUGUUGUUCGAUUUAUUCUCAGCUGUUUAGUUUUCAGCUAAAGACGUCCACAUUCCCAGAGUAUUUAUUCAAGAUUCUCUCGAUAAGUGAUGAGUAUGAUGAGUAUGAAAACGAGCUUGUGGACAUUGUUGUUGUUCCUGAUGGAUUUCGUGUGCAGGGGAAACGCUGGUGAAUGUCCAAAACCUGUCCUGGAGGGUAAUGUGGUGUUAUCUGACUCUGCUAUACUGAAAAAUAAUUUUCCUGAUGAAUCUGAUAUCAUUCUGGAGUGUGCCAAAGGCUAUGAGGUGGAAAAUGGCUCUAACAACAUCACAUGUACCAACGGUGUAUGGAGCAAACAGGAGCUGACCUGUAAAAAAAAAGACUGUGGUCAUCCUAACCCAUCCCCCAAUAUGGAAUAUCACAUCCCCGCUGGAACAUUAUUUGGUGCACGCAUCAGACCAGUUUGUGACCGUGGGUAUUACCUUCAGGGUUCCAGUUAUAGGCAGUGUCUUGUAAAUGGCUGGACUGGAAGGCCAAUGUGUCUGGCAGUGAGCUGUGGGAAUGUUCCUCAGAUACCUCAUUCUGUCAUGGUCAGUAACGUGACCCAGAACCUCAAAUUUAAAGAAGUCAUUGAAUACAGAUGUGAGGACAACUACACUCUUGUAGGCAGCGGAUCUGUUGUUUGUCAGGAAGAUGGGACAUACAGUUCACUGCCACAAUGCAAAGGUGAAUGUCCAAAACCUGUCCUGGAGGGUAAUGUGGUGUUAUCUGACUCUGCUAUACUGAAAAAUAAUUUUCCUGAUGAAUCUGAUGUCACGCUGGAGUGUGCUAAAGGCUAUGAGGUGGAAAAUGGCUCUAACACCAUCACAUGUGCCAAUGGUGUAUGGAGCAAACAGGAGCUGACCUGUAAAAUGGUAACCUGUGGGAAGGUUCCUGAGGUUCCUCAUUCAGUCAUAGUCAGUCAUCUAACCAAGGAGCUCCUUGAAUUUGAAGAUGUAAUUGAAUACGUUUGUGAGGACAACUACACUCUUGUAGGCAACGGAUCUGUUGUUUGUCAGGAAAAUAGGACAUACAGUUCACUGCCACAGUGCAAAGAGAGAGAGGGCAGUGAGAGAGUUGUUUCACCAUUCUUGGUAACCUGUGGGAAGGUUCCUGAGGUUCCUCAUUCGGUCAUAGUCAGUCAUCUAACAAAGGAGCUCCUUGAAUUUGAAGAUGUAAUUGAAUACCUCUGUGAGGACACGUACACUCUUGUAGGCAACGGAUCUGUUGUUUGUCAGGAAAAUGGGACAUACAGUUCACUGCCACAAUGCAAAGAGAGAGAGGUCAGUGAGAGAGUUGUUUCACCAUUCUUGAAAACCUUGACUGUGUUUGCAGCCCUCCUCUUACUCAUUGUCAUUUUUAUUGCCAUAUACACUUGUGUAAAGUCUUACCAGAAACGAAAAGGAUCAUAUGACACCGGGGAACAAAUGAGGACAAAAGAAGCAUUAAUGCAAGAAAACCGUUACUCUACAUCCAGUACCAAUCUAAGGGCCCAUAAUCGCACUGCUCCUAUUUGCUAAUCUGCCUCUGAUCCAUGCAGUGUUAAGGAGCACAGUAUUACCUCUGUAAAGUGACCAAAAUGUUUUAUUUGC